AGAGCCGUGCAGCGAGAAACAGAGCUCGAUCGAGUGAUCCUCGCCUUUUCUAUCUCGCACGAUCAAGAAUCAGUUCGUAUCUAUGGUCAUUAUCCUGUCAUAGAUGGAGAUAAAGUCACCUUCUACCGGCAUUCUAUCCAUAAAUUCAACUUCACGGACGCCGGAAGGAAAGGCUAAGUGGACGGCUUACAAAUUCAACAAAAACGUCUACGAUGUUUGGAUGCCGACACACCUCAAACGAAUCUGCUCAGCUGUCGAUCAAAUACCAUCAAAUCUUGACUUUGAAGUUUCUGACAAACCUGGAGCGCACCCCGAGGAGGCAACUGGUUUAUCACAAGAUAUGGGGAGCCUUCUUGCAGACCCAGAUAAUAUCGACCUUGCUUCACAGGAAGAUGAGCGGAACCUGAUUCCACAAACAGCCACCCCAGGCACCUCGGUCUCCAAAGAAGUAGGCCCAGGGGCAGCAAAGAGGGCGAAGACAACUCGCGUUCCAAAGAGCUAA